CCUGGUGGGAGCACGUGACCUGGGUCUGGAGCCGGAAGCUACCUAUCUGGUAGGGUGCGCCCCACACCACCUAAGGCUGCGAUGACUUCUGCACUGACCCAGGGGCUGGAGCGAAUUCCUGAUCAGCUCGGUUACCUGGUGCUGAGUGAAGGCGCAGUGCUGGCGUCAUCUGGGGAUCUAGAGAAUGAUGAGCAGGCAGCCAGUGCCAUCUCUGAGCUGGUCAGCACAGCCUGUGGUUUCCGGCUACACCAUGGCAUGAACAUACCCUUCAAGCGCCUGUCGGUGGUCUUUGGAGAACACACGCUGCUGGUGACCGUGUCAGGACAGAGGGUGUUUGUGGUGAAGAGACAGAACCGAGGCCGAGAGCCCAUUGACGUCUGAGCCUGCCAAGGGCGAGGGGCAGAGGUGGAUUGGGUCCAUGAGCCCUCUGUGAUGAGGAAAAUGUAAACCUUCUCCUCUUUUUUGGCCUGUUUUUAGAACUAAGGCUUUCUGUUCACCCUCUCCCUCCCCACUAUGCUAUUACCUGGAAGGGCAGAGGCUUGGUGACUCUGCACUGUGUUAAGAGUGAGGACAAGGGAGCCUCCCUCUCUCCUAAUAAACAUAAUUCAGAUGUU